AUAUACAUUUCGUGUAUAAUCGAAAUGUCGUGAGUAUUGCUAUAAAGCUAGAAGCGGGAUAUUUAUCAAAUUCAUAAUAUAUCAGAUAUAUACCAGAUAAAUCUAAUAGUUUAUCUAUUAAGUGUUUUCUAAGAAUUAUAGUAUCUUUCGAAAAAAUUAUUAGCGCUGUUUUUAAAACCGUAAUCAUGUCGGACGAAAAGAAGGAGACAAAAACUGAAUCAGAGCAUAUAAAUUUAAAAGUUUUAGGCCAGGAUAAUGCAGUAGUACAGUUUAAAAUUAAAAAGCACACACCUCUUCGAAAAUUAAUGAAUGCUUACUGUGAUCGAGUAGGCUUAGCAAUAGCAGCUGUAAGAUUUAGAUUCGAUGGACAACCCAUAAAUGAAUUGGACACACCGACGAGUCUUGAAAUGGAAGAAGGAGAUACAAUAGAAGUUUAUCAACAGCAAACAGGAGGAACGUGUUGAGGUUGAGAAUUUAUUAAUACGCAACAGAAAAGUUUACAAACGGACUAAAAGAAAAUUUAUCGUUCCAGUGUAUAUCUUUCAUAAGAGAUGUUAGUGCUUUCUUUUCACAUGUGAUCAUCUUAGUCAUAUGCUUCUUAUUAUAGUGUUCUCUAAGAGGGUUCAUACAUUAUAUUACUUUUCUAAUAUUUCUGGCAUAUUUUUUAUUAUUAUUUACGUUACUAAACAUUAACUAAUAAACUUUAACAAAUAAACUUUAAAUAAUAAACUUUAACUAUUAAACUUUAACGUGUGUUGCAAGAUAGAAAUUUGAUUUUUUAUUUAAUAUGUGUUUUAAACAUUUAUUAAUUUACAUACAUAUUGAAUAUGUUAGAACAUUGAACGUGCAACUGUUUGAUUACUAUUUGAUAAUAUAUCAAAAAGCUUUUUACUUUUUUUAAGUGUACGUUUUAAUAACGUAUUGCAAAAACACAAUGUUGUAUACCAUUAUGUAAGCAGACAAGUUUUUAUGAAGCAGAAGUCUUUGUAUAUGUGAACAUUUUCAGGACAAUUUUCUCUACAGUGUAAUAAUAUACGUUUUAAAUAAUAAAUUUUUAUUUGUAAAUAUUUUGUUUCUGUAUUUAACAAGAUGUACAGGAACACAACUAAGGAAUAUUAUUUUAAUAUCGAAUAUCAUCGUACAUUUAAGAUCUUUUAAACGUCCUUUGCAUUUUACAAUUAGAUGUUUUGUCAAAUUAAUGUUAUUUUAUAAAUCAACAAGAAUAAACUCUGUAUUAUCUUUUUUAUAA